AUGUCUACCGAUCCAAAGAUCCAAGACCUGCUCAACAAGCCUAAGAGCGAGCUCACUGAAUAUGAGGUUUCUCUCGUCGAGGAACACGAGCUCACGGCCGGACCUCUCUCUCUUCUCCAGACCGCCACGCGCACACACACCCAGGUGCUGAUCUCGUGCCGAAACAACCGCAAGCUGCUCGCUCGAGUCAAGGCCUUCGACCGCCACUGCAACAUGGUACUAGAGAACGUGAAGGAGAUGUGGACGGAGAAGCCCAAGGGCGGGAAGGGCAAGGGUGUGAACAAGGAUCGCUUCAUCAGUAAGAUGUUCUUGCGUGGCGAUUCGGUCAUCCUGGUCCUGCUCAGCUGAACGAGGUCCCGCGGUCUUAUUCAUGUGACAUGCGCAAUCUGUUGGGGAUAAUUGGUCUGGUUUUGGCCUGGGCUGUGUGCUACCGGACGGCCGAAAGGACUUGAUCUAUCUAUCUACGAUUGACAUCGAUACCCUCUUUGCGAUUUCCGAGGUUAUUUUCAUUUCAUCCAAAGAAGAAAAGGAAGGAAUAGCAUGUUCUUCAGUCGAAGGGGACGAGAGGCCUUAUCCGCUUGUUCCCGCCAUCUAGCAAGCAACCUGGAGCGGGGAUUUUCUUUUCCAUCUCACCCGAUCUCGAUUCCCAUCUGGCUUUUCAUCUAUUUUCGAUACUUCACCUAUUUUUUUUAUCUUAUGAAAGGGGCAAAACUGGCGUUUUUUACUUUUGGGUCAGAUUUAAAUUAGAAAAAUGUGUGGUCGAGUGCAUGAAAAUUGUACUCAAUGUAAUAUUAUCUUUCACCCAAAUUAAAAAAUAGGAAACGAAUAGGAAAUUU